GUUAUCGCAAUACCAGGGUACGCGUUUUAUCUGUUUCCCCAGUUGAUUGAGAGCUGCUAUUCAAAGCAAGCAAACCUAGAUACCAUGUUGAGCCCGUAUCUUAAUGCUAACCGCGGCUCUUUAGGUUAUCCAGCGUCAAGAAAAACGCCAGCCUUACCUCGCCUUCAUAAAUCGCUAGUUCGACACCAAAUUAGAGCCCUGUCGCCCAAGGAUGGCCCUACGGGUGUUAGUGAAGAGCCUGCAGCUGCCCCUCAGGAAACCCCGUACAAAGAGAUCCUCCUGCAAGCGAUAAAAGCGGAAGGACAGACAACUAAAGACAUCCUGGGAGAAACCACGAUGGCACAGUUGAAAGCGGCGCUGGGAGAAGACCGUGCGGGCAAGCUUUUUGCCACUCUGGAUGCCUUUCUGGCACACCGGCGGUUAGCCACGCUGGUGUUUGCGGCAGUGGACGUGGCGCUGGUGUGGGUGCUGGUGAAGGUCUUCCGAGUGGCCACAACGCACGAGUGAGCAGCCAGCAUGGCUGGCUGACCGGUUUAAUUUGAAGAGCCAGCGAGUGAAGUGUGAGGCAACGUGAGGCAGCGCGAGGAAGGAAAGAAGAGGAGGGGAUAUAGGUACC